AUGCCUCCAGACAAUCUCAAAAUCGUCCUUAUCGCCCCGCCACACCCCAGCGACUCUCUCUGCGAUGCAUGGCGAAGGGCAAUCAGCUCCCACUUUCCGGAUCCCACUGACUGCCCUUUCGAGGUCAAGGAAUGCAGACUAGACGACCUCGACAUCAAGUUUGAUUGCAUCAUGUCCCCCGCAAACUCGUUCGGGAUCAUGGACGGAGGGUUCGACUACUACCUCUCGCGCGCCUUCAAAGGCCCCUCGGGCGACAAAUGGACCCUCACCGAGCACGUCCAGUCCUACCUCCGCGACAUCUGGCACGGCUACGCGCCCCCAGGCACCUGCACCAUCGUGCCCCUCCCCGACGCCGUCUUCGGCCCCGGCCGCAACAAACACGACGCCCGCUCGCUCGCCAUCGUGCCCACCAUGCGCGUCCCCGACUUCGUCGCGUGGGACCUCGACCUGUCCUACAACGCCAUGUGGUCCGUGCUCGUCGAGCUCGACCGCUGGAACCGCGUCUCCGUCCUCGGCGGCCUGCAGCGCAUCAACACCAUCGUCAUGACCGGUCUCGGCACAGGCACGGGCGGCGUCGACUUUGACGUGUGUGCGCGCCAGAUGGUCCUCGCCGCUAAGCACUUCUGGUCCCCAGUCCCCGACGUCGUCCGCUGGAACGAGGCGCACAAGCGCGACAACGAGAUCAAGACCGCCCGAGCGCCAAGCUCCCAGCGGGGUCCGCCGCCACCGUACUAG